AUGAUGGAGAAUGGAACUGAACUCUGCUUUCCACAGCUCUUCAACAAUUCCUGCAAAAAACCCACGCCGCCUCAGUCUGAUCCAAUGUUUGUUUACGUUCUGCUAUCCUCCAUCUCUCUGCUUACUUCAGCUCUCAACCUGCUGGUCAUCAUCUCCAUCUCCCACUUCAGGCAGCUCCAUAGCCCCACCAACCUCCUCAUCCUCUCCCUGGCUGUCUCAGACCUCCUUGUGGGUCUCCUGCUGAUGCCGGUUGAAAUCUUUUUCACAGAGGCCUGCUGGUUCCUGGGUGAACUAAUGUGUGCUCUGUAUUAUGUUGCAGUUUUCACCAUCACCUCCUCUUCAGUUGGAAAUAUGGUGCUCAUAUCGAUUGAUCGUUAUUUGGCUAUUUGUGACCCUCUACAUUACACCACCAGAGUUACUCUGGGCAGAACAAGAAUCUGUGUUUGUCUGUGUUGGAUCUGCUCUGUUCUAUAUAACAGUCUCAUUUUAAAAGACUUUCUGAGACAAUCUUCUUCACAGAAUUCCUGCUAUGGAGAGUGUAUACUUGUCCUUAGCUACAUCACAGGAGCUGUUGACUUUGUUUUUACCUUUAUUGGCCCCAUUACUGUGAUCAUAUUUCUGUAUAUGAGAGUAUUUGUGGUGGCUGUGUCUCAGGCUCAAGCUGUGCGGCCCCAUAUUACAGGUGUCACACUCCAGCGCUCAGUGAGAUUAACUGCUAAGAAAUCUGAGAUGAAAGCAGCCAGGACUCUUGGUGUUGUCAUAGUUGUGUUUCUAAUAUGUUUCUGUCCAUAUUACUCCCCAUCCCUUGUGGGUCAGGAUAUUGAAGAUAGUAGUUCAUCCACACCCUUUGUAGUCUGGCUGCUGAAUUUUAAUUCCUGUCUUAACCCUAUCAUCUAUGCCUUUUUCUAUCCCUGGUUUAGAAAAUCUAUCAAAGUCAUUGUUACACUGAAGAUACUGCAGCCUGACUCCAGUGAUACUAAAAUACUGUAG